AUGGAUCAACAGCGAUUCCUGCAACAAUUGCAGAUUAUCCUGGAUCCUUCCCAGGGAAGUCUCAAGGAGGCCACCGGAGUCUUGCAAAAGGAAUUCUACAACAAGCCAGAGUCCCUUGUGUUCCUCAUCCAGAUUUGCACAAGCCAUGAUGAUCAGAACCUGCGCCAGCUCGCUUCUGUGGAAUCCCGGACCCUAGUUGCCAAGCACUGGGUGAAGGUGCCCGCGAAUCAGAAGCCCCAGAUCCGUGAACAGCUGCUCCGAUCUACCAUGGGCGAGAGCUCUUCCCUCGUCCAGCACUCUAUCGCUCAAAUCAUCUCUGCUAUCGCUAAGAUCGAUCUGAACGAUGGUGAGUGGGCCGACUUGCCCAACCUCCUGCUGCAGGCUGGCAACAGUGGCAAUGCCGGUGAGCGCGCUGUCGCCAUCUACAUCCUCUUCACUAUUCUCGAUACUCUCGGUGAAGGAUUCGAGGAGAAGUUCCAGGACCUCUUCAACUUGUUCAACAAGACUAUCCGAGACCCCGAGAGUGCCGAAGUCCGCAUCAACACUCUCAUGUCUUUGAGCAAGUUGGGUAUGCACCUUGAUUCUGAGGAGGAUGAGGCCCCUGUCAAGGCUUUCCAGGCUCUGGUUCCCGCCAUGGUCGACAUCCUUAAGCACUCCAUUGAGCAGCAGGAGGAGGAUCACAUCUUGCAGUCCUUUGAGGUCUUCCAGACUUUGCUUGGCUGUGACCCUGCCUUGCUGACCGUCCACCUCAAGGAUCUGGUUAUGUUGAUGAACCAGAUCGCUGCCAAUACUGAAGUCGAUGAAGAUGUUCGCACCCAGGCCAUCAGCUUCCUGAUGCAGACUAUCCAAUACCGCAAGCUCAAGGUUCAGGGCAUGCGCAUUGGUGAGGAGCUCACCCGCUCUGCUCUCCAAAUCGUUACCGAGCUGGGCGAUAGCGCUCUUGGUGAUGAUGAUAUCACACCUGCCCGCUCUGCCCUCGGUCUCCUGGACAUGCUCUCCCAGAGCUUGCCCCCUAGCCAGGUCGUUGUUCCCUUGCUCCACGCGCUUGGUCAAUACUUCAACAACGCCGACCCCGACUACCGUCGCGCCGGUAUCAUGGCGCUGGGCAUGUGUGUUGAGGGUGCCCCUGACUUUAUCAGCACCCAGAUGAAGGACAUCUUCCCCAUGGUCCUCCAGCUCCUUGCUGAUCAAGAGCCCAAGGUGCGCCAAGCUUCCUUGCACGCUGUUGCUCGUCUGGCCGAGGACCUCGUUGAGGAUCUCAGCACUGAGCACGCUCGUCUCAUGCCCUUGCUCUUCCAGAACUUGGCCAGCGCCAUGCAAGAGUACAAGGGUGAGGAGGAAGGCCCCACACUCGAUAUCAUCAAGGCUGGUAUCAGUGCCAUUGAUGCCGUUGUCGAUGGCUUGGACGAGAAGGAUGUUGCUCCCUACCAGGCCGAACUUGUCCCUAUCCUUCACAACCUUUUCAAGCACCCCGAUUUCAAGAUCAAGGCCCUCGCUGCCGGUGCUCUUGGCUCCCUCGCCUCUUCUGCUGGAGAUUCAUUCCUCUCGUUCUUCGAUGAGUCGAUGCACCUUCUCCAAGAGUUCGCUACCGUCAAGGACAGCGAAGACGAGCUCGAUCUCCGUGCCAGUGUCACCGAUUCUAUGGGUGAGAUGGCUGCUGCUGCUGGUCCCGACCGCUACCAGCCCUAUGUGGAGCCCCUUAUGCGUGCCACUGAAGAGGCUCUCCACCUUGGACACUCCCGUCUUAAGGAGAGCACCUACAUCUUCUGGGGUGCUAUGGCUAAGGUGUACGGUGACCACUUCUCUCCUUUCCUCGAAGGUGUUGUCAAGGGCCUCUAUGAUUGUCUCGAGCAGGACGAGAAUGACCUUGAUGUCGAUUUCGGCAGCGCUGGCAAGGAUCUUGCUGGCCAAGAGGUUACCUUCAAUGGCCGUAAGAUCAAGAUCGCCAGUGCUGAAGAUGAGGAUGAUGGUGAAAUUGAAGAUAUUGAUCUCGAAGAUGAGGAUGAUUGGGAUGACAUCACUGCCACCACUCCUAUCUCUCUUGAGAAGGAAAUCGCUGUUGAGGUCAUCGGUGACCUUGUUACCCACACCCGCAGCUCGUUCCUGCCCUACUUUGAGAAGACCAUUGAGCAUGUGAUGCCCCUCUGUGAGCACCCUUAUGAGGGUGUCCGCAAGAGCACCAUUAGCACUUUGCACCGCUCUUACGCCAUGCUCUUUGCCAUCGCCGAGGAGAACGGCCAGAUGCCCAAGUGGCAGCCUGGUCUCCCCCUUCAGGUCCAGCCUGCCAAGGAGGUCCAGAAGUUUGGUGAGAUUCUCAUGACUGCCACUGUCAAAAUGUGGACUGAAGAGGAUGACCGUUCUACCGUCGCUGACAUCAACCGCAACAUGGCUGAGAACCUGCGCUUCUGCGGUCCUGCCCUCAUUGCCAAUGAGACCAUGCUCCACAACGUUAUCCAGAUGGUCACUGAUAUCAUCACCAAGCAGCAUAUCUGCCAGGUGGAGUUCGGUCCUGAGGAGGAGACUCUUGAGGCCGGCGAGGAAAGCUCCGAGUUUGACUGGAUUGUUGUUGACACUGCUCUGGAUGUUGUCUCCGGCAUGGCUGCUGCCAUGGGCCCAAGUUUCGCUGAACUCUGGAAAGUGUUCGAGAAGACUAUCCUGCGCUAUGCCGGUAGCACCGAGUCCCUUGAGCGCGCCACCGCUGUCGGUGUUCUUGCUGAGUGCAUCAAUGGCAUGGGCGCUGCCGUGACUCCCUUCACCCCUGUCUUCAUGAAGCUGCUCCUUCACCGCCUCGCCGAUGAGGAUUCCCAGACCAAGUCCAACGCUGCUUAUGCUAUUGGCCGCCUCAUCCAGCACUCUAACGCUGAGGCUGAGAUCAGCAAGGAGAUCCCCACCAUCCUUUCUCGUCUCGAGUCUUGCCUUCAGAUGAAUGUCUCUCGUCUCCAGGACAAUGCUACUGGCUGUGUUAGCCGCAUGAUCCUGCGUUACCGCGAUAGCGUUCCCACCAAGGAUGUUCUUCCUGCCCUGGUUAACAUUCUUCCCCUGAAGAACGACUUUGAGGAGAACGAGCCCCUUUACCGUAUGAUUUGCCAGAUGUACAAGUGGGAGGAUGCCACCAUCCGCGAGCUCACUCCCAGCCUCCUUCCCGUCUUCCAGUCCGUCCUGACUGGUGAUGAGGACCAGUUGGAGGAAGAGCGCCGUGCUGAGCUCAUUGAGCUCGUCAAGUGGCUGAACCAGAUGCAGCCCGGUGCCGCUCCCUGGGUUGAGCAGCUGUAA